AUGGUCACACCACAUUGGAUAUUGUGGUUAUAUCACAACUACGCCCUGGUCUUGGGAAUCACCUCGCUUCGAUGGAUCUCCGGAGAAGGAUUGAAGCAGACUAAUCUAACUCGCUUCUAUGCCCUGAUCCUCAAUAUUGUUGAGCUGCUGACGGUGCCCUACUUUAUGUGGAUAACAAUGGGAUAUAUAAAUAAAGCCAAGUGGUUUCCCGAUCAACUUCCAUAUGCCACCCAAGUAUUGUUCUCGGUCUCCUAUGUGGCCAUUGCCCAUACGAUAAUCUCCCGCGGCAGUCGGGAUGAGGCUCUGCUUGAGGUGGACAGCAUUGUGAACAGAUUGAAGUGCUUAAAAUCGGAAAAGAAUCGCCUUUCAUCAACUUGCGACUCUAUGAGUUAUGUGUUCUAUCUGAAAAUGGGUGCUGUGAUUUAUAUGUGUGUGUACGGCAUGACGUCAUGCCUGCUGGUGUUGAGGGAGAAGAAUUUGCUUCUUUUUCUUCAAAUAUUUGUGUUUGGCACCGCCUUGAAUUUCUCCCUAAUCGCCAUCUAUCGUUACUUUUUGGCACUAUGGGAUAUUGCCUGCUGCUAUCAGUAUAUCAAGGGAAAGCUGGAGCAUCUCAUGAACUGUGUGCGAAACAGAUACCCUACACAAGUGGAGUUGGAGGAGUUGCAUCGGCUGUGGUCUCUACAUGCUCUACUCGGACGCAGUACCCUCAAAUUUAAUCGUACUCAUGGACUGCUAAUUAUGCUUCUUGUGGACUUUUUCCUGUUGAAUUUUAUGUGCGAUCUGACAACUCAAUACCAAAAUUAUGCCUAUCAUUCAGUUAGCGAGGGAUAUUGGUUCAAGGAGCUGAAUGCGUAUUUGCUGUAUGCGAGCACCUCGAAGCUGAAUCUCUGGGUCUGUGGCCUCUAUAAGGUGAAUCGCAAGUGCUGGUAUCAAAUGCUGUUAUCCAUUUUGAAUUUAUUAAUUUUAUUGCUGCAAUUUCAUUUGCUGUUGAGAAAGAAAUUCACUUUGGAUAGCACCUAA